UCGUAAAUGAGACAUUGUAUUUUUGUUUUGAGACUUUCACAAUUCGGAAAUCUUUAAUUUUUUAAGAAAAUAUCGUUAUUUGAGCUUUCCAAAUUUUUUAUUUAAAAAAGUUAAUUUGGUAAAACUUAGUCUAACUUGAAAAAGACCCUUAUUUUACAAAUUUGUAGAGUUGAGUAAGGUAUUUCUUUUUAUAGAGGUCAGAAGGUGUGAUUAUGAAACGCAGAAGAAGAUCAAACAAAUUAAAUAACCAGUCUUCGCAAAAUUCGGUUAACAAGUCCAGAAGAAAAAGAAGGAUAACUAAGUUUAAGAAUGGUAAACUAUCAAAGGUUACAUUGAUCAGAAAAGGGAGAAACAGUUUAAAAAACCAAAAUGAAGCUCAGAAAGAAAAAAGUUUAACUUGGUCCAAUGAGAAUACGAGAAGUUCUCAAAAAAGCAUUUCAAAUGUUACGUUGGGUAAAUUUUUACCGAAUAAUGAUUCAAGCUCAUCGACUUUGGCUUCAUUAGAUCAAUCGUUUGAAACUGCAAGCACUAGCGGAAUUAGUAAGCGGAAACUAAAACAACAACUAAGAAAAAAUAUAAUACAAACAAAAAAAUUAAAAAAAAAUUCAUCCACUAUGGAUGAUUGCAUUUUAAUUGAAGUACCUGAAGAAGUUAUCGUAAUCGAUGAUGAUGAUAAUGAAGGUGUAGAAUCUUUAUCAAAAACACCUAUUUUAGUGCAAAAUGAUUUAAACCAAUCGAAUUCUAAAAAUCAGAAUAAUGAAAAUGGUUUAACAAAGAAGAACGAAAAUAUAAACAUCGAAAAUGAUAGUGGAAUCCAAAAUAUAAAUGAUGCAAACGACAUAUCUAAGAAUUUUGAUAAAAUGUUAUUAUUAACUGAAAAUAAUGAAAACACAACAUCUACAAAUAUAAUAGAGAAAAAUUUGAAGAACAUACCUACUCAAAAUGAAGACAUUAUUCGUGCGGAAAAUGAAUCUGUGAUAGUAAUCGGGAACGAAACAAAUUUUAGUGAUUCAGUUAAUGUUACAACCACUGCAGUUAUACCACCAUUAUAUGAAGUUUCAAAAAUAAAUUCAGAAAUUUUAGGGAAUAAGAAGGUUGUUAUAGGUAAAGAAAUAUAUAGUGUAAUUGAUAGUACUGGAGUAGAUCAGACAGAAAAUUCCAUUGAGGAAAGUUCAAAAUUAGGAGAAAUAAUUUCGUUAUCGAAUGAAAAUAAUGUCAGUAAUAUUGAAAGCCCUCUUGCAGCAAACCAUUCGACUCCUAAAAAUGGUACAAACCCAAAUAAUAUUAAUUAUAUUCCUCUUUCUCGUCCUCCUCUUGAAGGUCGGUCUAACAUUCACAAACCACCUUACUUAAGCCGUUAUAAGAAAAAAUUACUUUUGAAAAAAUUAAAUAAAUCUAGACAAAGCAAAGUUAUCAAUGAUAAUGCUUCUGUACAAAAGCAGGGUACUAAAAAUUCUGUUUUUGAUAAAAAUAAUAAAAGCAUAAAUGUCGACGAUGACGAUGAUGAUUCUGUAGUAUUUGUUGGAGUAGUUAAAGAUGCCCAAAAAUCGAAUUCCGCAGAAAUGAAUUUUAUACCAUUAGAAUCACCGAAUAGCAUUAGUGUUAUAAAUAGGCAAAGGAGACGAAGAAAACGGCCUUUGAGUACUCCAUCAAAAUUACUGGUCAAUCCUUUCAAAAAAUUUAAAAUGAAUCUAGAAUCUAAUAUAAAUAGGAAUAGUACACCUAUAAGUAAAAGGAAAGUGGGGGAAAUCGUAUUUACUAAUUCGGAAAAGAAAAAAAAUGAAAAUUACAAUACAAAUACAUAUAAUCCGAACAGAAAUGAGAGCAUAAAAACUGCAGAAAAAAGAAUGAUAAUAAUUGAUGGCAGUAAUGUUGCAUUUGGCCAUGGUAAUUCCAAUUAUUUUUCAACACGUGGCCUUGAAAUAGCAAUUAAUUUUUUUGAAAAAAAAGGCCAUGAAGUAAAAGCAGUUGUACCGCAGUAUCGUUCUAAUCCAAACAAAUCAACGGAUGGUGAAAAACUAAAAGAUUUGAAUCGAGCUGGUAAAGUAGUAUUUACACCAGGAAAAAAUCUUCCAGAUUUGAAAACUUGUAGUUACGACGACAGAUUUAUCUUACAAUUAGCGUUAGAAUUUGAUGCAGCUAUUGUUUCUAAUGACAACUAUAGGGAUUUAAUUAAUGAAAAUCCAGGAUUCAAAAAAUUAAUUGAAAAUAGGGUUAUAACAUAUACAUGGUGCAAUGAUUUAUUCAUUGUAGCUAAAGACCCAUACGGAAAAAGAGGACCACCUUUAGAACAAAUUCUAUGUAGAAAUAUUGAUCCUCAACCAAUACAAUAGAUUCUAAACCGUCAUCAAAUUUGUUUAGAAUAUGUACAUAUAUCUAUACAUAUAUCAUAUAUAUAUUUCAAGAGCUUUAUAUGUGUAACAACUAGUUUACAAUAAUAUUAACUGAUUUAUAUUAAAUUAUUUAAAGAACUAAGUAAUUUAACAUGGUAAUAUUUAUAUUUUUGAACUCACCAGUU